UAUGCAAAUUGAUCAAACUCGAAAGAAAAUAUCGAUACGAAUGGAAAACUUCUCUUUCGCACUUUUCUUAAUUAACCUAGCUGGAUUUGAACCUGCGGUCAGCCAAGUGCGUAUCGUUUAACAGCAGUGGUAGGGUUGUCCACUUAGGAGAGAAGCAUAGUGAACAGCUUCCUGUUAAUAGAGAAGUGCGUCUUAUUUCAAUUCCAGUGACUGACUGCGCACAGCUUUCACUAGCAGAGCGGGGGCAUUGACGCAUUGUGGAGUCGACAGGGGUAGCACUGCCAAACCGGCUGCGCUACAGACGCAUCCAUGAGCGAAACCGCGAUGGCCGUGGUGCAGCUCGAAACGGAGGACCAUCAACCGGAGAACGGCUUUGUGCCCCCUGAAUUCACGUCGCCGGGAUUGCUCACUCGCUUUGACGCUUGUGUCUUGCCAUUUCUCGGGGGAUUUGGGAAGUACCAGAGACAUUUAAUCGUCCUGACAUGGAUCCCGGCGAUAUUUAUUGGAUUCAGCCAGUACUCUGAUAAUUUCCUUCUUGCCCAGCCGAACAACACAUGUGUUCAGCCUUUGACAAACACGACCAAUUUGUCAAGAACUCAUUCUUCUUUAUAUAAUGGUCCUGGUAAUACCACUACGCGUCCAGCGUACAUUUAUGCCAAUGGCAGUUAUGGCACUCACAAUGAUUCUGCUAACAUGCAAUGCAUGUGCAAGGAAUGGACAUUUGAGCUGCACACAGGACUUGUGCGGAAUGUGGUUACAAAGUGGAGUCUGGUGUGUGAGUCAGCAUGGAAAGUCCACAUUGCCAAGUUCUCACUGUUGGUGGGCUCCAUCUUCGGAUACCUGGUGUUCGGAGUCCUGGCCGACUGGUUUGGCCGUCAUCCGGUGCUGAUCAUCUCUGUGUUCUUCAUGCUGGUGUUCGGACUGACCGUGGCGUUCUCCAUCAACGUGCCCAUGUUCAGCACCGUGCGCUUCUUUGAAGGCUUCUGUCUGGCCGGCAUCACCCUCUCCCUCUACGUCCUCAGGAUUGAGCUGUGUCUGCCGGGCUGGCGUUUCACCGUGACCAUGGUGGCCAGUUUCGUGGUGUUGGGGGGGCAGCUGCUGAUGCCCGGGGUUGCAUACCUGUGUCGGGACUGGCAGGUCCUGCAGGCCGUCAUCGUGUGCCCGCUGUUCCUCAUGCUCUCCUACGUCUGGAUCUUCCCAGAGUCGCUGCGGUGGCUGCUGUCCACUCAGCAGUACAGUCGCUCCAAGUACAUCAUGGGACACAUCGCCAAGAAGAACCAGAUCAACACUGAGCUGGACCCUGACCUGAUCCUCACAGAGCUGCAGAGAGCCCUGCAGAUGAAGCCCAAGAGAACAUGCAUCGUUAAGAUGGUGGGAACCAGGAAUCUGUGGAAGAACAUCGUGGUCCUCUGUGUCAACUCGCUGACGGGCUAUGGGAUCCACCACUGUUUCGCCCGCAGCAUGAUGGACCAUGAGGCCCACGACACGGCCAUAUUCCACAACUUCUACGCUGACUACUACACCAAGGCUGGCAUCGCCGUGGCGUCCUGCCUGGCGCUGUGCCCGGCCGUGGGGCUGAUGGGACGCCGCGGCGGCCUGCUCAUGUUCAUGAUCAUCACCGCUCUGGCCUCGCUGCUGCAACUCGGCCUUCUCAACUUGGUGGGCAAGUACAGCGUGCAGCUGAACAUAGAGCGCUCAGAUACGCUGAAUAAGAACUUCUCGAUUGCCUUCUCCAUCAUCGGCAUGUUCUCCUCCCACGCAGUCAGCAACCUGAGUAUCUUCUUCUGUGCUGAGAUCACCCCCACAGUCAUCAGGGGUGGUGGUCUGGGUCUGGUGCUGGCCAGUGCUGGCUUUGGCAUCCUAACCGCGCCCAUCAUGGAGCUCCACAACCAGAAGGGCUACUUCCUCCACCACAUCAUCUUCGCCUGCUGCACCCUCAUCUGCAUCAUCUGCAUCCUGCUGCUGCCCGAGACGCGCUACCAGCCCCUCCCGGAGACGCUGGCGGACAGCGAGUACUACACCCGCCCGCCCCUGCUGCCCCCCCGGAAGCCCGUGGAGCAGCGCCUCCUGCUGGCGCCCCAGGAAGGCAGCAGGGACUACGCCCGCGUCCACGACACGCCGCCGCACGAGGCGGUGGCCACGUCCACCAUGGAUUCCACGGCCUCGUCGGCCGUGGACCUCACGGCGCCCUCCGUCGUCGAGGUGUCUGCGUCCCCCGGCACGGAGCUCGGGGUGCUCAAGCCGCGGCCGGCGGGCCGCAACGGACGCUCCUUCGCCCCGCCCCCAGGCACCCCCUCUGCCCUGGGUAAAGGCGGGGUCAUACUGGCGAGUCAGGAGAAGCUGUUGUCCUCCACCCCUCUGCACAAGGCUCCGCCCUCUACUACCGAGCCCCUCCUGGCAUCCACUGAGGACUCCACCACCCCUCUGAUGAAUUCUGUCGCCCCUUCCAUUGAUUCGCCCACCACCCUGGUCAACGACUCUGGCCCCUUCCCUGCCAAGGACUCCCCACCCUCAACCCCUGCCAUUGUCCCCCUCUCUAUCUCUUCAUUGGACUCCCCUGUCACAGACCCGCCCUCAACCCCCAUACUGGUAUCAACCACUUCCAUCUUUGACCUCCCGCCUACCUCGACAUCUCCCUCCCCAGUCCUCCAUGAUCUCAUUCCCUCCCCAGCUAAGGACUCUUCCAUCAACCCCUUACUUGAACUUGCCCCUACCUCCACUUUGGACUCAACCACUUCCCUUGUACUUGAAGUCUUGCCUCCCCCUACGUUAGACUAUCCCACCCCACCUGUACUUGAAACCACCCCUCCCCCCAUUUUGGAUUGUACCACUUCCCAUGUACUUGAAACCACCCCUCCACCCGUAUUGGACUCUUCCGCUCAACCUUUUAUUGACCCUCGUCCCCCCUCCCCUUCUCGCUCCCCCACCCCUCAGGUUAAUGACACUGACCCCCCUCCCAUGGACAUCACCAUCUCCGUAGAAUCCCCACCCCCUGUCACCCUAGACUCCAUCAUCCCCACCUUACCAGACCCCGUGUCUCCAUCAGUACGUGGGACUGCAUCCACCCCUGACAUCCCCUCCACUCCUCCCCCCACAGCGGACUGUACCAUUCUCCCUGUCACAGACAUUGUCCUCCCCACCACCCCGCUUGUCAUAGACUCAGAACCCCUUGCUGCAACAGACUGUCCUCCCCUGGAGGCGCCCCCCCCUGCCUCCCCCGUGGACCGCACGGUCUCCUCCCCCAUAGACUCGGGUCUCCUCCCAGUUACAGACUGUGCCAUCACAGGAAAUAGCAUUGUGAACGGAGUGGACUCCUCAUGAUCCAAUGUCUCAAGCCCCAUGGAGAAGACGGGAGGGGGUGGGCUUGGGCCCCACUCGGGACCCAGCUCAUGUCACUUGACCUGGGGGGGGGGGAGAGACAGACAUGUACCAACUGGCCGGCUCAGGUUUCGGACCCUUCAGAUGCUCUGUAGAGAGACUGGCUCCACCUUGAGGUGAGGAGGUGGUAUUUGUUGGGGGUGCCUCUUAGCUGGCUAUUGCCACUGAGGACAUUGUUUUGACAGAGGCUUGAAGUUAGCGGUCAUGCUUUGACAUUGUGGGAAUCCCCUCUGCCCCACUGAAUAUCACUGGACUGAAUAUCACUGGACAUCGCCAGCCUGGGGAUUUGGUCUGUGGAGAGUCUCGGUGUGUCGUUUUCUGAGGGGCGGUGAGCCAAAAAGCCCAUUUUCACUGCUACAGUAUGACGUGGUUGGUUGGAGAAGUCAUAUCCAUCUGUGCAUUUGCGUAAGAGGUUCGCCCAGUGUGUUGAUGAUGACAGCAAACCGCCUUACCUAAAAAAACAAAUGUUGAAUUAUGAAUGUCCUUUAAAUGGCCGAAUUCUAAACCAAAUUGAGGCUUAUUUUUAUUUUGACAAAGAAUGGACAUAUUUGCUGAACCACCUAAAACCCAAAGUUAUUUAUCUUUGCAAAUUAUGUGUUUAGUGUCAUGCGAUUUAUAGAAAAUAUCUGCCAUUACUGGACAGUGGGAAAUACAAUAGACAAAUAGCUGAACUAGGCAGCCCUGAGUGUUAUAAAAGCAUGUGUGUGUGAAUAUCAAUCACACUAAUCAAAUUUGUUUCCAAAGGUCCAAGGACUUUACUUUGUAUUGUAGGAAACUCAAAAGUGAAAAAUACUGGAGUCAUGUGGUCCGAGUCACUAUGCUGAGCUGAACACUGGACUGGAUACAGUGUGAGGGCAUCAACCUUUUCCAUUGGUCUGAAGGAGUGUAUUCUUAUUUUUCCACCCUUUUCGAGAAAUCAAUGCAUUUUAAAAAGUUUUUGUAAAAUGAUGUUGUCAGUAAAUCACAAACCUUAUGUUGUUGUGCUACCGAUAUUGAGCUUGAUAAAAAAAAAAUGAAAAAAAGAAGAACAUUCUGCCUUCACAUGGGGUGCCCUCAUUUUUC